AUGUCUUCUGUCCAGACGAAAACGCAGCCCAGACAGCCGUGGGCCGCCGCGAUCGCUGCGAAGCCGCCAGCACGGACGGCCAAACCGGCGCCCAAGACACAGGCCGCCGCAUACGUCCCCGUCAACAACUUCAACGGCCAGCAACUGCAGGCCGCCCUGGCCGCCAAGUUCAAGGAGAUAGAGGCACAGGUGGGCCCCGGCGGCGUCUACCAGGGGACGCCGGCAUGGACGACGAAAAACAAGAAGCGCAAGGGCCUCGACGUGCUGGCCGAGCUCUCGAAGAGCAUCGAGUCGUGA